AUGGCCACACCGUCACCCAAGACCUGCCUGACGGCGUGUCUCCUGCUGCUGCUGACGGUGGCUUCCCUUGUGGCUUCCGCCCCCUUCCCCGACCACCUCGACUCCCCCGGGAGAUCCCACGGCUUGCAUGUUGAGAGACACGGCAAGCAGGACGACGCCCAGAGCCACGACAAGCAGCACGACGCUCAGAGCGACGACAAGCAGGACGACGCCCAGAGCCACGACAAGCAGGACGACGCUCAGAGCGACGACAAGCAGGACGACGCCCAGAGCGACGACAAGCAGGACGAAGCUCAGAGUCACGACGCCCAGAGCGACGACAAGCAGGACGAAGCUCAGAGCCACGACGCCCAGAGCGACGACAAGCAAGACGACACACAUAGCCACGAACUUGACACUCACCUGUCAGACCUGAGGGACGCUGACGACCACUCGCAUGGCAAGCAGAGCAACAAUCCUCACCACUUUAACAAUCAUGGCAGCAGUCAUCAUAACAAGGACUAUUAUGGCAACACCAAUUACAACCCUUAUGGCUACUAUGGUACCAGCUAUAACAACAAACCUUAUGGAAGCUAUAAUAACGGCAAUUAUGGCAACUAUAAUACAGGCUAUGAUGAAAACCAUGACCACAAUCCCUAUGACAGUUAUGAUAAUGGCAAUUAUGACAACCCUAGUGGAGGCUAUGGAUACAACCAAAACGGCAAUCAUUACCGCCCUAGUGGAGGUUAUGGAUACAACCAAUAUAACAAUUAUGACAACCCCAUUGGAAGUUAUGGAUACAGUCAAUAUGGCAACUAUGACAACAACCCGUCCUACUACAACACUCUGUGUGCCAGGAGGCCACCACCUUGCUAUUAG